AUGGGAGUCGGACCUUCUCGAUUAUCUGAAAGCAUUGCUCUCUAUUUGGGCUCAAUACGGGAUGCGACUGAUAAGAAAAAGCUAAGCGGCGCUGAAAUCACUCAUCUAGUCAGCAUCCUCUCAAACAAACAGAUCUCUCAAAUGAGAAAAUCGACGAGUGAUAAAUUUACAGAGCCACUGUUUGAAGACAGAAGUCAGCGAAAACGAUUGCUGAUUGCAGAAGACGAUCAUAAAAACUCAAACCUAUCGAAGCACUUUGAGGAAACAUCGGAAUUCAUCCACAGAGGCCUUUGGAUUGACCAUGGGAAUUUACUAAUUCAUUGCAUGAUGGGAAAAUCUCGCUCAGCAACAAUUUCAACCGCGUAUUUAUGCACUAUUACUGGGCUACCCUGGCUUACAGUAUUGAACUCUUUACGCUUUUGCCGCGAGGUAGUCGAUCCAAACGAGGGGUUCAAAGAACAACUCCGGCUAUACGAAGAAAAUGGAUUAUUCGAGCGCGAUUCUCACAAGCUCGGGCAAAUUCACACCAUUGAUCAAGAAAUCCUCGAUAAAUUGAAGAAAGAGAUCGUUAAUAAUGCUGAAAAUUAUCUACAGAAAACGCGCCGGCAAAACGCACGGAACAAGGAAAUUGAAACGGUUCUGUACACAAAGUAA